AUGUGCACCUACAUUUAUACCCGUCACAAUGACUGCUCGCACAAACAGUAUCAAAACACCUUCAAAUGCCCCUCAGCCCGUGGCAGCGCCCUUUUGCAGUCGCCGUGGAACCUCACUUUGGAGCACACCAUCCACCUUCCCGACCAAGCACCGAAACAGAUCCCGCAUGCACUGUGCGAUGGACAGAUUAAGAAAGCGAUUCGUCCAGUCCCUGGCCGUUGCCGUACUUGUAUUCGUGAAGACAGGGAGAUGAAGCAGCUACUUGCAAGAAGGGUGCUGAUGAUGAAUAACGUUAUAGAAGGUGCCCGGCAAGUUCGAGAUGGUACGAAUACGGCGACAGGCGUCCGAACAAGUAUCCUUGGUCUACAGAAACUUGUUGAGGCAACGAAGCCUCUAGAUCUGGAAGAGUAG